CGGAUUACCAGAUUUCACAAGUAACGAGCCUUGCAGAUGCUCUUGAAGUCUUCCACUGCAACGAUUUAUCGAUAUAAGUCAUUUUAAGUACUACUCUACAGUAAGCUAUCAAUAACUAAAAUAAUGAUAAAAAGUAUAACCUGACGAAUGUCCGUAUUUCAUUUUGAUAAAGGAUAAGAAAGACAUGCACAAUCUAAUUGUUAAAUUCGAAAAGCAACGCCAUCCUGUGAGAUUGUCUGGUUCUCGAGCAUCUCGACACCAGUCCCAAAGGUCAUCAUCACUCCACGCCAAGUAUGUCGCUCUUCUGGACCGCAUCCAAAACGACAGCUUCCACGGUCAGUCGCGCUUCUCCACCAAGAACCUUCUCCGCAAACACUGUCUGCACCACCAUCUCCCGCAGCUGCAAAGGUCACCCGCCGCGCUCCUGGCGCGCCACCUCCUCCACUUUGACAUCUUCCAGGAAAUCCAGGCCAGUCCCUACGACGCCAAAAGCGCCGGCUGCCACCGAGAUCUCGACUACCGCCCCGGCCACUGUCCGUGGUGUCUGGAAGGCAUCCUGACCGCCGUGGACACGGAGAACCCCAAGACCCUGCGGGCGGUGCUGCGCUCAGGGUUCUCGGUGGCCACCAAGCUGCAGAGUAGCCCGGAGGAUGGGUUUGUGUGUAUGGGAAAAGGGGCGUGGAAGGACGGUUUCAACUGGGCCAAGGUGGUGCCCCUGUGGGAUAUGGAUUUCGGAUUGUGUGUCUUUGUCAAACUGGCGCUGUUAAGGGAUUCGCUGGCCAAACGGGAGAUGAUGCUGAUGGUGGCGCGGGCCGUGUGCGCACGGGGAAACGCCGUCGGGAGGGAAUUUCGGUUUGCUGUAAUAAAGAAUUUGGUGCUCUUCCGCAGGAAGUGUAUUGAAGAAGCGCUGGACAAGGCGAAGGUUGAUGGAUCGUUAUUUUUUCGGGGUUUAUCGAGGGCACAAAUUACCAGCAAAUACAGUUUAUCCAACAUUCCAUCGCCGGAUGAAUUGAUUACACUCUUAUUCGACACGAUCCCCCUUCCGAAAAAGCAGUACAACCAUCUGGCUGAGCGGCUGUGGCGCGUCUUCUUCGAUUUACUGUUAUCCUGCGCUCCUAUGGCAAUACAGCUCUUUUUGACCAAUCCCCAUCUAAACCAGCUGAUUAAAACCGGCGCCGCCCUAACCGCCUAUUCCGGCUUCCCCAAAGCCAUGCUCCUCCCGGGGCCCAGUGUCAGCGUCUCUACCUGGCUCAACACCAGCAUUGGCUAUUUCUACGUGGCGGAAGCGGUGCUGACGCAGCAUGUAACCAAACGCAUCUUGCACCGUUUAUGUGAUCUGCGUCGGUUGGCUGGAUUCUCCUACGAGCACUGGACCGCGUAUUUAUCGUUCUGUAUCCGUGCGAUACAGGAACACGGGUUUGAUCUGCGCCUGAAUGACACCCCGCUGGGAAUGCAGCAGGUGGCGCUGCUGUCGCGUACCGGGAAAUGGUACUAUUUAACCGCGAUUGUGAAGGAAUUGAUUAAAAUUUCCGGGUAUGUGUCGUAUGGUCAACAGAUCGCGUCGCUCUUCACAUUGUCACCGGCACGGAUCAGUCUGGAUGUCGGCUGUCAGGGCGGCAUCCCGGUGAUGAUUAAGAAACCGUGGAAACGUUACGUGCUGGAAUGUGCGGAGGUGCUGCAGUUCCUCCGUAUCCUGAACAACGUUCCUGUGGACAAAUUAAUUCGUAUGGUGCAGGACAAUGGGAAUGCGGGAGAAUUCUUGGGACGGUUCGGCAAAUACGGGAAAUACUUUCAGAAGGUGUUGGCGUACGAGGUGACCUUGCAGGAUUUAGCCCGCUGUUCGAUCCGCCAGUGUAUCGGGUCGGCGCAUUUCGUCCGGGAUGUUCAGGCGUUGAAGAUCCCGGAAAAAUUCCAGAGUUUCAUCAUCGGGGAUGUCCUGUCGUUCCGUCGCCCUUGUGCGAAAAGGACGCCAGAGAAUGUUCAUUCGGUGGGAAAUUGGUCUGGGGUGACGGGGCUAGGAGGAUCCGGAAAGGUUGAGGGAAUGCCGCUGCCGAUGGACGAUUCGACGAUCUGGCUAGAUAAGCCACAGCGACCUCCGGGACGGGGUGUGCUGAGCUGGGCGAUGAAGGUGUACUCGCCGGAAAUGGUCGUGCUGCAUGACCUAAUGCAGGCCAAAACCUAAGGCCGGUUUACAUUAUACUCUGCAGUUAACAAAAAAACUGAUAGAGGACGAUGAUGUGAUUAGAGAAUCUGAUGAUUUAGAUCCCCAACGGGAAUCCUGCUGGUUUGUUACCCUAACUGAUAAUGUUUAUGCAAAUACGGUACAUACAUACUACUCAGUAAUAAGUAAUUAAAUAUUAUUCCGGGCGACUGUAAUGGGUACGAUUAAUUUUGCUUCAUUGGCGGAAGAUCCUUUAUUUUUUAAAGGUGGGAGAUUUUAAUUCUUCGGGAUGUUUUCUUCAGUGCCGGCAGACAUUGUUCCUUAAUCCUUAAUAAUUAUGCUGGAUAACUUGAUUCUUUAACGCUGGGAGACUUAACAAUGUUUGGGAGACUUUAUACUUCGUUGCUGGCAAACCUUAUUCUUC